UGACCUAUUACUAGUGUAGGGUUUUUGUUUCUUCGUGUCUAGGCGCUAGGGCGCGUCAAAGCGCUUCGGCCGAUCGAUGCCACCGGCGAAGGAUCGAGUGUCCUACUUCUACGACGGUGAUGUUGGAAGCGUCUACUAUGGACCGAAUCAUCCGAUGAAGCCCCAUCGCUUGUGUAUGACGCAUAGCCUUGUUCUAGCUUAUGGCCUCCACCACAAGAUGGAAAUCUAUAGACCUCGGAAAGCUUAUCCCGCGGAGCUUGCGCAGUUCCAUUCUACAGACUACAUUGAUUUUCUUCACAGAAUAACUCCAGAAAUGCAAGACCAAUACGCGAAAGAGCUUCUUAUGUAUAACAUGGGAGAAGAUUGUCCAGUAUUUGACAACCUCUUCGAGUUCUGCCAGAUUUACGCGGGUGGUACCAUUGAUGCUGCACAUAGGCUUAAUCACGGACUCUGCGACAUUGCAAUCAACUGGGCCGGAGGCUUGCACCACGCCAAGAAGUGCGAGGCAUCGGGAUUCUGCUAUGUCAAUGACUUGGUUCUUGGGAUUUUGGAGCUUCUGAAGUACUUCCCGCGAGUGCUAUACAUAGAUAUCGAUAUUCACCAUGGAGACGGCGUUGAAGAAGCCUUCUACCUCACUGACAGAGUAAUGACUGUGAGCUUUCACAAGUUCGGUGAUUAUUUCUUUCCUGGAACUGGGGACGUGAAGGAUGUUGGUGAGAGAGAAGGGAAAUAUUACGCUGUUAAUGUUCCUCUUAAAGAUGGAAUAGACGACUCAAGCUUCAUACGGCUGUUUCGAGUAGUAAUAUCAAAAGUCGUUGAGUUCUAUCAACCUGGGGCGGUGGUGCUGCAAUGUGGAGCUGAUUCGCUUGCUGGAGAUCGCCUAGGAUGCUUUAAUCUUUCCAUUCAAGGGCAUGCGGAGUGCGUGAAUUUUGUGAAGAAACUUGGCAUUCCUCUCCUGGUAACCGGUGGAGGAGGAUACACCAAGGAAAAUGUUGCACGUUGCUGGACCGUGGAAACGGGUGUGCUUUUGGAUACGGAGCUUCCGAAUGAAAUACCGUCCAACGAUUAUAUCAAGUAUUUCAAGCCCGACUACACCUUGAAAACCAAUCACGGACUCAACCUGGAUAACUUGAAUACAAAGGCUUAUCUCAGCGCCAUAAAAAUGCAAGUGCUGGAAAAUCUUCGUCAUAUACAGCAUGCUCCAGGGGUCCAGAUGCAUGAGGUUCCGCCAGACACCUACUUCCCAGACUUCGACGAGGGGGAUUUUAAUCCCGAUGAGCGACUAGACCAACAUACGCAAGAUAAAAGUGUGCAGCGUGACGAAGAGUUUUACGAUGGCGACAACGAUAAUGACCAUGACAUGGAUUCGUGAGCAUUUUCAAGUUCGACCGUGUACAAUAUACCUUUCUUGUAUUUUGUGCGGCUGGUAGACCUGGUAAGAAACUGUGAGCUGUAAGAAUUUAGAUGUUUCUCUAAGUUCUGCAGGCCAGAUUAUCAGGUACUAAUUCACCAGAUGUACGUAAUGAAGUCAAGUCAAGAAAACGCUGCUCGUGAAUUUUGAGACAGCGGAUAA